ACGAUUCCAAGGCUGGAAUUGACACCUUUCUCAUGUUUGGCCAACCGAAUCCAUGCUUCAUGUGAAAGACCUAAAUAUGGAGAAAUAGAGGAUGGUGCUUUGGAUGUGACUGAAAGACCCGGGUGCCCAGGCCCUGUAGCUGGCCCCCACCAGGGAACAGAUCUUUCAGGUUGCAUCAGGAUGAGUGAUGACCUAAGUAUGAACGAGAAUGGUGUUGAGUGCUUGUAUUCUGAGAGCCCACCACAGUCCAGGGAACAUUCCACACUACCAUCUCCCGGACACACUUCAUCCACAGACAGUACUGUAACUUCAAGUGAUUCUGGACCAGAAAUUUUGAAUAUGGCUUCUGGUGACCUUGAUGGUAAAUCACUCUGUGUGAAAGAGGAGAAUACCACUUCGGCUUCUGCUGUGAUAAAGAUCAAAGGCAAAAGUCCAGCUCCUGAGAAUAUUCCACUCCAAGGCUCUGUCAGUGAGGACAAAACCAUGUUAAAUCCGGAAACCAAAGAGGAACCCGAAACAAUAGAUAAGCAUAAAAAAGAAUGUGCUGCGGGAGACACUGCCGUUUCCUCUCUUCCCGUAACCACUGUGAAAUCAGUUAACUUUAAACAAGGUGACAGCACUUCUCCUAAUGAGAAGGAGGUGGAGGCUGAAUUUCUCAGAUUAUCUUUGGGAUUUAAGUGUGACUGGUUCACCUUGGAGAAAAGAGUGAGGCUUGAAGAAAGAUCCCGUGACUUGGCAGAAGAAAAUUUGAAGAAAGAAAUCACUAACUGUUUAAAGCUGUUAGAGUCUUUAACACCUCUUUGUGAAGAUGACAACCAGGCCCAGGAAAUCAUUAAGAAGCUGGAGAAGACAAUAACAUUCCUUAGCCAGUGCACAGCACGAGUGGCCAGUAGGGCUGAGAUGUUGGGAGCCAUUAAUCAGGAAAGCCGGGUUAGUAAAGCAGUGGAAGUAAUGAUUCAGCAUGUAGAAAACCUGAAGAGAAUGUAUGCCAAAGAGCAUGCUGAAUUAGAAGAACUGAAACAGGUUCUUUUGCAAAAUGAAAGGUCUUUUAACCCUCUUGAAGAUGAAGAUGAUUGCCAGAUUAAAAAACGUUCAGCUUCUCUAAACUCCAAGCCAUCUUCUCUUAGAAGAGUGACCAUUGCCUCUUUGCCCAGAAAUAUUGGAAAUGCAGGAAUGUUGGCUGGGAUGGAAAAUAAUGACCGAUUCAGUAGGAGGUCAAGCAGCUGGCGUAUUUUGGGGUCAAAGCAGAAUGAACACCGUCCCUCAUUACAUCGAUUUAUUAGCACCUAUUCCUGGGCAGAUGCUGAAGAAGAAAAAUGUGAACUAAAAACUAAAGAUGACUCAGAACCACCUGAAGAAGAAAUAGUAGAAAGAACAAGAAAGCCAAGUCUUUCUGAAAAGAGAAAUAAUCCAUCGAAAUGGGAUGUCUCUUCAGCUUAUGACACAAUAGCUUCCUGGACAACAAAUCUCAAGACUUCCAUCGGAAAGGCUAACAAGGCACUCUGUUUGUCUGUUGCCUUCAUUGUACUGUUUGCAGCUUUGAUGAGCUUCCUCACAGGCCUGUUUUUCCAAAAGUCCGUGGAUGCCGCUCCCACACAGGAUGGGGACUCCUGGAUGUCUCUAGAACAUAUCUUGUGGCCAUUUACCAGACUUAGACACAAUGGGCCACCACCAGUGUGACUGCAGCACAUCCCAAUGUGUGCAUCUUGAUUUUUAAGGUUUCAGUAUCUGAACUUUGUAAAUUAGUAAAUUUUAGCUGGAAAAUUAUAGCAUGGAACCAAAGGUUCUCAGGAUGCCUGUAAGAUAUUUUACAUUCCCUCUUUUUGUGAUUAUCUCCCCAACUGAAAUACACAGUGGGGAGGAAGCCUGCCUAUGAUCUUUUAAUGAGCUUUUUGAGAAGGAGGUAUUAUAUAUUGUUUGUUAAAAUUUAUUGAAAUAAAGAACCAUUCAAAUCUUCGUA